CAAAAUUCAAUUUUUUUUAACUUUUGCUUUAUUAUUUGCUUUUCUUUUUGAAUUUAGAUGCAAAAUUGACAAAGGUAUCGGAAGCAAGCAGCGAUUAUAACAAAAAAUUAUAUCAGCAGCAGCAACAACAGAACAGGAAAAUGUUGCAUCAGAGGCGUAGUUUGAAACAAGAGCGAGCUGAAAAGCGUACGCUCAAGCUAUCUCGCAAGGCGCAAAAAAAAACAGCGUCUACCGAAACGACCAAGCUCCACGCAUCCGAUCAAUCCCAAACACCCAGUACACGAGCAGCACAAGUAUCGGAUGAAUUCCUCCCGUCUUUUAACCUGCUUUUCCGGCUUUUUUCCUUGAUCCGCAUAAGCGGGGCGCUGAGCUCGCCGAUCCAAGACUGUGACGAGGUGUUCAACUACUGGGAGCCACUGCAUUUUUUGCAGUUUGGGCAGGGCAUGCAGACGUGGGAGUACGCACCACAGUUCGCGCUGCGGUCAUACGGGUUCCUGGAGCUCUACCGCGCGCCAGUAUGGCUGCUGCACCUGGUGCUCGGAUUUAGGAGCAAGGGCCAAGUGUACUAUGGGUUGCGGAUUGUGCUUGCUCUGGUGUCAGCAGCCUGCGAGGCAGCGUUUGUCCGAGGUGUCGGGAAGUUUGGAGAUCAGAGGGUUGCGCGGGUGACGGCGCUGGCGUUGUUUGGCAUGGCAGGGAUGUUUCACGCUGCUGUGGCACUGCUGCCAUCGUCGUUUGCCAUGUACUUUACUGCGCUCGGGUCUGCGGCUGCCAUGCAGCGCAGGGGGGAGCGCGCAUGGGUGAGGAGGACUCUGCCUGCUAUCAGUGCAUUUGUUGUUGCGUCGGCGUGCGGGUGGCCGUAUGCGGCUGUGGCUGCGGCGCCGUUUUUCAUCGAGGAGAUUAUGGAGAGCGGCAGUACCUGUAAUGUUGGCGUGUGGUGGCGGCUCAAGCGCAUUGCUGUGUUGGUGUUGACUGGCGCUGCGGUUUCGGCCUUGGCGCUCGGCGCAAUGGUGCUUGUGGACUCACAGUAUUACGGGCACACGGUGGUGGCGGCGUGGAACCAGGUGGCGUACAACGUGCUUGGCGGUGGUCCUGGGUCGGAGCUUUAUGGGACGGAGCCAUGGUACUUUUACAUUAAAAACGGGCUGGUUAAUGCCAACAUCGUAAUGAUCCUGGCGCUGGCCAGCUUGCCGCUCUGGCUGGCCUACCGUAUUGUACUCUGGCUGUCCACCCGGCGCGGCCAAGCUUCCAGCGCGCAGCAGCAGCAAGCAGUCGCGCAACUACACACUAGCCACCGGCUGCUGUUAUACCGCAUUUUGCCGUUUAAUCUUGCACUGCUGGUGUUUUCUCUGCAGCCGCAUAAGGAGGAGCGAUUCCUGACAGUGGUCUACCCGCACUUGUGUUUCAGCGCCGCAGUGUCGCUCAGUCUCCUGCAUCCGCUGGCUGCAUGGCUCACUGAGCUGCUGCACAGGGGUGGUGUGCGUCGCUGGGUUGACCGGCUCGGUCUGGCGCUGAUGCUCUGCGCUACGGCGUUGGGUGUCCUGCGGAUGGCGGCGCUGGGUCAGUACUACUCGGCGCCAACGCGGGUCUUUGCCAGCCUGCCUGCGAUCGAGAAAUCGCCGACGCCGCUGCCAUUGCUGCCGCUGGGCCCAUCAAUCAAAACGCUGUUUGGCGCUCGCACCCGGGACACACAGGAUACCCUGGGCGGCAACGGGCCUACCCGGGUCUUGUGCUUGGGCAAGGACUGGUACCGGUUCCCGUCGUCGUACUGGCUGCCCGCCGGGUACCGCCUGGAGUUCACCCAGUCUGGAUUUGACGGCCACCUGCCUGGGUCCUUCACCCCUGUUGCCCAGAGCGGGUCUGUCCAGGCAUCGACCUCCGCGGUGCGCAAUGACUUUAACGCGUUGAAUCUCUGGGAGCCAUCGCACGUGGUGGAUUCCUCAGCGUGCGAUUAUUUUGUCAAUACGGAGUAUCCGCACCGCGCGCCGCCGCAGAGUGUGCUUGGAGAAGAGGAGGAGGCUGGUGGUGGUGGUUGGAGGUCGCUGUAUUGCUUGCCGAUUUUGGACGCUGAGAAUAGCAUGUUGCUCGCUCGUGUACUGUAUAUUCCAAAGAAGGUCGUCCGGCUGUUGGAGCUUUUCAGCGGUAGUGGCAGGUGGCAGGCGUGGGGCAAGAUGUGCGUAUACGAGCGAGGCGCUGGUGUUGGAUUGGAUGGAAAUUAAAUGAAAAAUUAGAAAUCACCGAACGCGUACCAAACAACACACCCCUUCCCUUAUGGGGACUAAUUAGCGAGACACUGGGUGUGUUGGUGUUGGUUCUCUUGUAGGAAUUGCCUUUUUGUCUGUAUGAUGGGAGCGGCAGGCGCGUGACGUACAAAAAGCCGUUCGAUAAGAUCGAAGCAUUGGAUCGGCCGGCGAUAAAAGCGGAAUUUUUUUACUUUGUUCGCACGGGCCCAGAAUAUUUAAGGAGACAUUUGAACCAGACCCCCUCUCUCCCCCUUGUCCUGGAUUCUGCACACAUUGCAUUGCCAAUUAUUGUUGGUUGCAUUUAAAGUCUUAGUCUUCGACU